GGGAAUGAACGCAUGUCUGUCGGACGUAGGAUCCAGAGGGCCACCAUGACCUCUACGGUGACCCCGGAGACAGAGAGACCUCCACAGCUACAGGAUGAUUGACAGCUGCUCCUCCUGAUCCCCAGGAUGCCCGUGGUGCCGGUGGGCGGGGCUUCCUCCACCAAUCAGGUCGUCCCCGUCGCCUUCACCUGCUCCUGGCUGCUCCUUCUCAUCCACGCCGCCUUCGGUCAGAAGCCCGCCAAGUUGCCUCUGAUUCCCCGCAAGCCGUUCAUCGCCGCCUGGAACGCCCCACUGGACAUGUGCACCAUCAAGUACAACGUGACCACGAACGCUGAACGCCUCUUCCACAUCCACGGGAGCCCGCGGGCCGAUUGGACGGGUCAGAACGUCACCAUCUUCUACGCCAACCGUCUGGGGUACUACCCUUACUACACGCCUCAGGGUGUGGCGGUGCACGGUGGCCUGCCUCAGAACUGCAGCCUGGACCUCCAUCUUGUAAAGGCCUACCAGGAUAUUAACCACUUCAUCCCUUCGGAGGAUUUCCGUGGCCUCGCCGUCAUCGACUGGGAGUUCUGGCGGCCUCAAUGGAGCCGUAACUGGCACAAGAAGGACAUUUACCGGCAAAAGUCCAAAGAACUGGCCGCCAAGGCGUUUGUAAACGUGACGGAUGCUCAAGUGGAGGAGCUUGCACGAAGGAGGUUUGAAAAGAGCGCCAAAGCGUUCAUGCAAAGGACUAUCCAGCUGGGGACUCGCCUUCGCCCCAAUGCACUCUGGGGAUUCUACCUCUACCCUGACUGCCACAACUACAACCAGCACGAGCAGAACUACACCGGCUUCUGCCCCCUGCUGGAGAGGCUGAGGAACGACGAGCUGAUGUGGCUCUGGAACAGCAGCACGGCGCUCUUCCCCUCCGUGGCUAUCAAGAAGAGUCACUCCAACAGCAUCAGCAACCGGCACUUCGCCCAGCACAGGAUCCGAGAGUCGCUCCGCGUCGCCGCGCUCACCUCCAGGGAGUACGAGCUGCCCACGUACGUGUACCUCAGGCUGGGCUACAGGGACGAGGCCAUGGCCUUCCUCACCAUGAAAGACUUGAUCCACACCAUCGGAGAAAGUGCUGCUCUGGGAGCUGCAGGCUUCGUCAUCUGGGGAGAUCUGAACCUCACCUCCUCCAGGUUUAACUGCACCAAGGUGAAGACGUUGCUGAGCCACCGCCUGGGUCAGUACAUCACCAACGUGACGCGAGCGGCCGAGGUCUGCAGCGACUUCCUGUGCCAGGGGAACGGCCGCUGCGUCCGGCGAAACCCCCUCGCCCGCCACUACCUCCACCUGAGCGGCACCUCCUACCACAUCCAGCCCUCCAACGACGGGGACUUCUCCGUCACCGGCUGGCACUCUCAGCACGAGCUGCAGCUGCUCACCAAGAGGUUUCGCUGCCACUGCUACGAGGGACACGAGGGCGAGAGAUGCGACUCCAUCAACAUCGUGAGGGAGGACGACGAGCCGAGGAGGGAGGAGGAGGAGGAAGACGAGGAGAAGGAGAGGAAGAGGACAGAGUGGGAGGACGAGCAGGGGGAACGGUGGGAGGGAGGGGAGAACGAGGCGCCGCCGAACACCUGCAGCCUCCACCUGAUGGUGCUGAUGCUCCUGAUGAACCUGUCGUUAGUGAAGACGCUCGUAUGAUGACACAGAUGUGACUUUUUAACAUACAGACAAUGUUUUUUUCAUUUGAGAUGGAGAAAGACUGGAAUUGAACCCAAUAUGUUACUGUUUCAGUUGAUGCACCAUGCUAUGUUGUACAAUAUGUAUUAUUAUCCUCAUAAGGAAAGUGGUUCUCCGUCUGGAACAGAUCUGGUGCUGUACUCAUUACUGCACUCUAAAAGGCUGAAUUCAAUCAAAAAAUGUAUUUGAGUCAAUUAAAUGCUAUUUGAAACUUCUACAGAAGCCCCAAAACAGUCAACAGCUGAACAGUCAGAAGAUAUGCUAAUACAGGCUGACUAUCAGCAUUUACCACAACAUGUUCGUCAUUGCUUCCCAAAGUCCAAGGCGAUUCUUAAAAAUGCUUAUUUACGUUAGUUUAAAGGUUGAGGUUUGGUAUAAGUUGCAGGUAUUUGGUUAUAAAUGAAAUUAUAGGACUUUUGGUGCAGAAGAAACAUUUUGAUGUCAACAUUUUAGCUGAGGGGGGGGGGGGUUAAAUGUGUGUAGCAAUUGUUAAAGCAAACCAUCCAACCAAUUUAAGACAUUUGACUUCAAAACCACCAAAGUCAACCUCAUGGUGGCGCCACAGGAACAGACAGUGGAAAAGCAAAGUCAGUCAGGUUCAUCCUCUCUACCAGUGGUUCUCAAACUUUUUUCAAUAAUGUUCCCCCUUUGAAAAAAAAAUGCAGCCAAGUACUGUACCCCCUGAUCAGCGCAAAAACAAUUUGUUAGGGGGAAAAGCCUAUAUAAAGAGGUACAGUACAGCGCUGCACCAUCAAAUCAAAUCACAUUUUAUUUGUAGAGCACAUUUAAAAACGAUUUUGGUCGAGCCAAAGUGCUGUACAUGUAAUUUAAACACACAAAAACACAUUACAUCACAACAGAUAAAGCAACACAUGGAACAGUCAGGAGUCGUGACCCCACUCUAACUAGAAGGCCAGAGAGAAGUAGUGUGUCUUCAGUGUGGAUUUAAAAGCCCGGGGGCCGACCUCACAUGGAGGGGCAGAGUGUUCUGAUCAGUGUCUGAUUUGUUAAAAUAACAACAGUAACUGAGAAACACUUAAAUGCUACAUUUCAAAUGUUUACAAUCCAUCACUAAAUUAAUGGCCAACCAAUUUUAACAUCAUGCAAUAACACUGAGACGACAUUAGUUGCAUUGAACUGAUCUUUUGAAUAAGUUAUACUUUCAAUUUAGUGAAACAUGGGCUUGAGCUUCACUGAGGAUCUUUGUCAUUCCGACAGGGAGGCACCUGCAGUUAUUACACUUCAUGUUUUGAAAUAUGUGAAACUCUGUUAAUAUAAAACCCACGCUGCUCAAACUUCGUUACUUUUCCUAAAACUGGUAUAUUUAUCUAUUUAUUUAUUUUUUCAUCAACAUAAAAUAAAUCUCACAUACCCCCUGCAGUACUCCAACGUACCCCUAGGGGUCCGUGUACCCCCAUUUGAGAACCACUGCUCUAGGAGACACUGGUGGCCAUUAAAGGAAAUACUAACACACAUUGUCAAGUUAAAGAAGAACUUUAAAAACAAAUGGUGUUAAAAGGUAACCUUCUCUUUUAGGAGUGUGAUAGCACUUUACAUGAAACAGGUUGGACGUGCAGUUGGGUUGAUUGUACCUCAGUUAAUCAGGUGAACUGUAUUUGACCUCUGCAACAAUCUGCACUGCCUAUUUCGCCAACAACUGCAUCCGUUCUUCCAGGAACGUUAGAAAAUAAUGUAUGUUUGUUUAAGAGUGGACGGAGUCACCUCCAACGAUGAGGAGAUCAUCUAGCGUUGGAGGGAUUACGGAUUUAACUGCAGGAUUAUCCUCCAUUUUGUUUUACGGAGGUACAACAGCCACAUCUAAAAACCAAUGGGUGCUACUACUCACAGCCAUAUGUAGGUGCAAUAAUCACUAAUAUUAGACGCUUGGUCUGUGGUGAUUUUAAGGCACCCUUUAAGAAUUGCUGUUAUUUCUAACAGCAUGACACUUGAUUAUACAUGAAGUAUGUAUUUUUUGUACUGUUACUUACAUUAUACUCUUGAAGUACGGCAUGUUGGGAUAUGCUACAUACUUUGAGUUAUUGGGACAUAUGUUAUAGGUGUUAUGGACUUCAACAUAUCUGUAUUCUUUCUAUAUGGAUAUAAGUACAAACAGGUUUGUGUUGUAGUUAUUAUACAGAGAUUGAUGUUACUAUGUCUGAGUUUGGAAGAAUCUAAUCCAAAGUUCUGUUUAAUUGUUUCAUCUUGUUGUGGCUGUAGCUGAAGAACAGAACUAUGACGAAACACUGAACAGGAAGUAAGAGACGGCACAUACUUUAUCUGAAUUAUAAUAAUGACGAAGAGACUUCCUGUGUUUCUUCAAUGCCUACCUCUUGCAAAACGAUGACAGAUACUUGUACUUGAAAAAGUCCACAAAAACAUGUUCCAUUCCUGAGCGUUGAUGCCUCCAGUUAUUCUAAAUUCUUGGGCUUUUGCUUUUCCUCUCUUCAUUUUAUCUGGAUCAAUUCAAGCUUGAGCCCACAGAACAGCUAACAGAUGCUAAAGCUGACAAAUCUGCAUUCAAUGUUCUGGCUUCUUCUGGAGCUUUCAUCCGUAAAAACAAGACCAAGUCAAGAUGAGAAAAGACUCCUUUCAGAGGGGAAAGACAAUUCAAGAUAAGCCCUUUUUUUAACCAAGGUUAAAAUAUUAUAAACUGUCUCAAAUAUCUCUUUUUAACUCUAUUCAUGCCGCUCAUAGCAAGUCUGUUUUCCAAUGUUUAGACAAUCAAGACCAUUCGUCAAAUACACGCUGCUCUUAGUCCAAAAUACCAAUCUAGAAACUUAGAGACUUCUCUUCAUUGACCACAGAGAACUGGAGCAUUUUGAAAUCACAGCCUAUUUAAAGCAGAGGUACACCUGAGACCUGGUUCUGGUCAUCCCAAAGACUUCUAAUGAAAGUUUCUAUAACUUUCUGGUACGACCAAAAGCAAGUCUGUUUUCCAUUUGUAUACAAUCAAUCCUCUCGUCCACUACACUCAGUCUAAACACACUUUUACUGAACGUUUCUGCAGCUACAGAUUAAGAGUUCUAUCAUAUUUAGAAAAAGACUUCCGAAAACUGCAACUGGAUAACUUGUUGGGGUCAAAUCAACAAUCACUACAGCCUAGAGAACUGGAAGGGUUUUAAAUCAAAUCAAACUCAGAGAAGAGGUAGACCGGAGACAUGAUUCUGGAUGUGGUCGCCCCAGAGACUUCUUAUGAAUCGUUAGGAUUAGAGUUUCUUUAACUUUCUGUUCUUUAAAAAGUAAACAUGUAGCAUCUGUCACAAUCUCUGCACCACUGAUCCUAAACGGAGCCGGUACGUUCGUCUCAAACCAGCCUUCAGGUGAAGUUUCCUGGACUUACUGUGUGCUUUGUUUCCUGGAGAUUGUAAAACCAAAUAUGCAUCAAGGACUAUGCAACACUUGGAAAAUGUUACCUGAAUGUAAAUGCACUGCAAAUAAAGACUUUUCUUCAAAACA